UAGCAAACAUGUUUGCCGGUAAAAUCAUCUUGCUCUUGGGCUUAGCCACUUUCACUUCUGCUGGAAAAGACCUCGACACUGGCUAUGAAAUUUUGAGAUGCGCCAACAAAGCAAUGAGAGUAGGAGUACCUGAAUUGGGAGUUCCACCACACGAUCCUUACGUGGCUAUUAGAAACUUAUCAUGGACUGGAGAUAUCGGUGUUGCAAGCACCUCAGUCGACCUCAAUACUCUAAGAUGGGCCGGUCUUUCUGACUGGGAUAUCUCAGCUAAACAAAUAAAUGAUGACGCUGACGACGAGGCAGUCUUUGACUACACCACAUAUUGGCCCAUUUUCACAAUCUCUGGCAAAUAUGCAGCUACUGUUAAAGAACUUUUCCUUACACAACACUACAAAGGAGAUUUCAAAAUUGUAAUGGAAAAACCAAAAUGGACUGGAAGAAUCCAAGCAGGUAAAAUCCAACCCAACGCCACUGUAGAUAGCUUCACUGUUGACUGGCACGUGGCAGAUGUAGAUGUUUCCAUUACUGGAUUGGGUCUCAUUGGAGAUGCCACAGCUCUAGCUAUCCAAGAAGGUAUUGAAACAGCCCUCAAUACUGGUCUUAUCGGAAAUACCGUUGGAGACUUCCUUAAAAUGAGAUUCAACACUGUCUGGUACCCCACAGGUAAACUCUGGGUUCUCAUGGACUGGUGCAAUGCCAACAGCAGUACAUCCGCGGUACCAUCAACAGUUACACCAGUGACAGAUGCACCAUCGACAGCUACACCACCUUCAGAUGCGCCAGUGACAGAUGCCCCAGUGACAGAUGCCCCAGUGACAGAUGCACCAGUGACAGAUGCACCAUCGACAGCUGAACCAGAGACAGAUGCACCAGUGACAGACGCAUCAGUGACAGAUGCACCAGUAACAGAUGAAGCAUCGACAGCUGCACCCUCUUUUUAA